GGACAGUUACAUUAUCAUAAUGCUGUCCUCUAAUGUAGGCGGAGUUUGAGAGAACUCUAUAUUUAAGAGGCAAACAUAUUAACUCCAGCAGUUCAAGAAAGUUGCCAGGGAGCACGAUUUGUAACUUGGAGCCCACGGAUCCACAAAUCCACCUGUUCAUUAAACAUUUCAGAAUGUUGAAAGUGACAUUAGGCCUCGCUCUGGUGACUCUGGUUGCUUGCUCGCAGUGUCCCAACAAUGAAGUCUGUGAUGCGGGCCAGACAUGCUGCCAGGAUCCCACCGGAGACUUCAGCUGCUGUCCUUACCAUCACGGAGAGUGCUGUGAGGACCACCUGCACUGCUGUCCUGAAGGCAUGCUGUGUAGUGUUGUGGACUCCACGUGUAUAAACAGCACACAUACACUGCCAUUAGAGGAGAGGAUACCGGCUAAACAGACCGACCUUCCCAAAUCGUUCAGAAUGAUUCCCUCAUUACCUGCAAGUGAAGACGACAUCACCUGUCCUGAUGGCUCCUUCUGUCCUGCCGAGUUCUCCUGUCUGCUGAUGGCUUCAUCAUAUGGCUGUUGUCCCGUAGCACAGGGCCUUGUGUGCUCAGACGGGAAACACUGCUGCCCAAAAGACCACGAAUGCAGUGCAGACAGCAGUUUGUGUGUCAAACUAAAAGAACCAGUCGAGACUGUUCUCUGUGGAAAUGGGACCUCAGAGUGUCCCGUGGACACCACAUGCUGUGAGACAGAAGAUGGUCAGUGGGCAUGCUGCCCCAUGCCAAAGGCUGUAUGUUGUGAUGAUAAAAUCCACUGUUGUCCUGAGGACAGUGUCUGUGAUGUUGAAGGCUCCAAAUGUAUGUCCACCAAUCAGGAGCUGCCAAUGUGGGCCAAGUUCCCUGCUCGUCUUAGAGCUGAAUGGGAAGAUCACAAACCUGCAGAAAUAAGGGCUGAAGCUGAACCCACCACAAACAGACAAAUCACUACUGCUGGCAUCCAAAUGACUACACUGGCUAGUGCAGUCCCAGAGAUGCCUUCUGUUCAUUCAGCCUGUGAUGUUCUGUGCAAUGACACUGCGGCCUGUCAAGAUGGAAGCACAUGCUGUAUAACUCAAGAAGGAGAAUGGGCCUGCUGUCCUCUACCACAGGCCGUGUGUUGUGAAGACUUCAUCCACUGCUGUCCUCAUGGUACGACAUGUAAUGUUUCUGCCGGGUCUUGUGAUGGGUCUUCCGGCUCUAAGCCUUGGCUGGAGAAGGUGCCUGCUCUCCCUAAAGCAGGUCAGAGGUCACCUGGGAAAGUGAAGUGUGACUCUAGCCACGUUUGUCCUGACUCCAGCACUUGCUGUAAGAACACCGAUGGAGACUGGAGCUGCUGUCCUUUGCCUGAGGCUGUAUGUUGCACAGAUGGUGAACACUGCUGUCCGGUUAACUAUAAGUGUGAUGUGACCAGGGUGUCUUGCAUCAAGGGAGAUGUGGUGAUCCCCUGGUACAAUAAAAUUUCUGCUCUAAGCACACCGGCUCCAAGCUUGGAUCUCGGUGCUGUUGAGUGUGACAAGGAGUCAAGCUGCUCUGCAGAUUCAACCUGCUGUUAUCUAUCCAUGGCAGAAUGGGGCUGCUGCCCUCUUCCUGAGGCUGUUUGCUGCCCAGACCAGGAGCAUUGCUGUCCCAAAGGCUACAAGUGUGAUCUGCGUAGACGCUCCUGCAUUAAAACCACCUGGCUGCAUGUGGAAAUAGUCCCAUUGGCCCACAUUGGCAGCCAAACACUACAGUCGAGCAUCUCAGAAAAGGACAUUCAGUGUGGAGAUGGAUAUAGUUGCAAAGACAGUGAGACCUGUUGUCCAACCUCCCAGACCACCUGGGGCUGUUGCCCAUCUCCAAAGGCGGAGUGCUGUGAUGAUAUGAAACACUGCUGCCCUGCUGGAUACAAAUGCGGCGAGGGCGGAAUUUGUACUUCAGUCUUAGGCUUUAACUGGAACAACUGGAACAACUGGAACAACUGGAGGGUGUUCUUCUCCAAGAAGAAACGAGCUAGUACUCUUUAAACAAAAAAAAAACAAAAAAAAAAAACACCUGGGUUGUUCCCACUCAGUGGGGUUAAUGGCCAAAACUACCUACAGUGUCAGAUUUUAAGAAAAAAAAUAAUUUAUCAAAGUAAUAAUCUGAAACACUCAGAUGUUUUAUUUGUAGGAGAAAGUUUCAUUAGGGCUGUAUGUGAUGGUUAAUAUCUGUUCCCAUUGUCUAUCAUCAGUAAUACCAACUACAUUUUAUCAACGGAGCCAUUUUACACUGUACAUUUACACUAAUACUGUCCAUUUUAAGAAUGGAUCAUUAUAAGUGUAAACUGGUCAUAAUAUUUGGUUUUGGUAACUGCUCAGUUUAUCUGAAGAAUAAUUUGAUUAUGCAAUGAUGAAAAUAUGAAACACAUAUGCAUAGAUUAUCUCUAGUUUUAACUCACACUUCUGUCAUUUUAACUUGUCAUGUACAAAUAUCACAGGCCUCUCUCUAUGGUUUACAGGUUAAAUUUUUUCAGACUUGACAUCACGUGAUCUUGUGUCUCAUGAUUAUGAGCACAUAUCAAAUUGGUCUUCUUUAGAUAACGAACAUCACCUUUUCUGUUUAACUUCCUUAUUGCAGCUCUUUACCAUUAGUUGUGUAAUUGUCUUCUUUAUUGAUUUAAGUGCUGGUUUUUUAACAGUUAUGUUGAUAGAGCAUUGUGAAAGACAACUAAAAGAUAUCUUAAGUAAAAAUGUGACCAAUCUGAAACCUUGACAGCUCUAAUAAAGAAAUAAAUG